UACAUCCCAUACCUUGCAUUGGCCGUUCUCAUGGGACUCGAUAUGUUCCUGCGACUGAACAAGACCAUCGGGAAUUCGUCUUCAGCGCCUUUGCAGAAAAAGCAACAAUGAAGGCAGCGCGUCUUUUAUCCCCUCCUUCGAUAAUACCACAGAUAGAUCACCAGAGUCGACGCUUCAGCUCAUAUCGCCAGAGCCACGCCAUUCAUUCAUGUAGCCAUUUAUUUAAUCUCACCACACUGACCACCCAAACAUCGUCGAAUCAUCGCCUGGUCUCCAAGCAAAACACAACGUCAUGCGCGGCUCAUCGACCUCUCCGGAAUCCGCAGAAACCCCCCAAAAAUCAAAAAGAUUUGACCCGCACCCGAUUUGAACGGAUAACCUUUCGAUCUGGAGUCGAACGCGCUACCGUUGCGCCAGCAGGCCGAUCACGUGAUCCCAAUGCUGCCAAGCAGUUUGGCGCAUCGUUUGGUAUGGUAUCACGAGCCGGUUCCGAAGAUUGAAUCUUCGUGGUUACGGUAGUGAGAGAGGGAGAAUUUUUGCGGUAUAUAUCGCUAAGAAUUUGACAAGAUAGUGUCCCAUGACACCAUGAGUG